AUGAUUUAGUAGUAAGGCUAACAAGAGGAAGUACAAAAGCAAGACACAAAGGAGGAUGGAAGAAAUGCUUCUUCUAAUAGAGAGGAAGGUAGAAAAGGGCAAUCCAAGAGACGCGAUUCUUCGAAUGAUUCAUACUCAAAUUAAUCUUCAUCUUUUGAGAAUAAGAUUGGAAAACGUUACUACCCACACAGUGAAUUCAAGACCCACUUCUAUGUACGUCAUGUGCACAUGAAUGGGAUGAGUACUAAUGAAUUUUUGAGUUUCAUCAAGAGAAAAGGUAAUGUAUGGUAAUAUUUAGUGAACUUGGCUGGAUCAUGUGAUAUAGUCUAAAUAUUCAAUGCUCAGGGAUCCUAUUGUGAUAUCGCAAUUGGAAUGAGCAAUGACGAUAAUGCGAAAUUAGUAUACAUAGGCAAGAAGCACUUCAAUUUUGGCAGGAAUGGAAGACAAAAGGAAGUUGUCGAAUUGAGUGAUGCCUUUAAAAACUAUCUAGAAAACAAGAAUAUGUUGGAAAAAGAACAUUUGGAACGAUCCUUGAGGAGAAAUCAAUAAUCAAAGGGCAGGAGUGAUAGUAGUGAGUCAUCAAGAAGACACAAGAGAAGUGUCAGCAAGAAGAAGAGUAAGAAAGUGGACAGCAAGCCAUCUCAGGGAUAAGGAUCGAGAAGGAGAUCUCCAUCUUCUUCUAUUGAACCGAGAAAACCCAAGUAGGUCAAAAAGAUUAGACAAUCAUCAAGGAGUUCUUCUUUGGAGUUAAAUAAGGAUUAAUUGAAUGUUUAACCUAUCAAACCUUAACAGGUGUUCACUGAUAAGAAUAGUGUUUAUAUCUUCUCGAUACCACAGGAAGUUAAUGAGAAUGAAGUUAUCUAAGAGAUUGUUACUCAUCAUAAAUAGAAUGCACCUAUUAAUCACACUUGGAACACUUCUGAUAAGAUGCAAUAUUUGGAGUUAUAAUUUUAGGAUGAAAAUACUGCUCAAUUUUUAGUCAAUUUGAGGCCCUGUUUGCAAGUUAAGGGCAUUCCUCUUUUGGUUGUGGCUAAAAAAUAACGACCUGUUUAAGAUUUAUUGAGGAAUUAUGAGGUGCAAGUUGAAUUAGAUAGAGAUGUACCUCCUUUUAAUGUCUAUUUGGAGUUUAAAAAGUAUGGAGAUCUAAUUGGGAUUUAUGUGUUUUAGUAAAAUAGGAAUUAUUUACUCUUGUAUUCAUCGUCCUCUUAAUUGCAGGAGGCAUUACGUCCUCCAGUCCAUUUAUAAUUGGUCAUUAACGAUUAAGCUGUUAAUGCUAACGCCAAGAUUAUUGAUAAACCUAUUGAUAUCCAACGACCAUAUAUCAAAGAAACUUUAGCUUAUUAGCUUAGCACUUAAUAGGACAACAAUAGAAAAAGAAAAGAUAAAAAAUGAGAAGCCAUUUAAUUUAAUAUUCAAACAAUAUAUUUAUUUUCAUGUGGCGAAAGAAA